AUGGAGAGCAAAAAAAAACACAUGGAGAAGGGUUAGCAGGAGAGGUUCAGAGAAAGCUGAUGGGGAAAGACUUGCAACACUUGAACACCAAACAAGCCAGUGAAGAGAGAGCCCUUGAAACCUCUUGCCUCUCUAGCUACAGACUACCCCUGUGUGCAUUGCGUUUUUCUGGCAUGAUUGGGGGGAGCACUGUGUGAUGAUGAAGCCUUUCCUGAACCAGGCAGGUGCUCCAGCCAAGGCAGAGUGACUCGGCUGGCUCUGCACUGCCCUGUGUGCCCUGUGCAAUGGCUUUUGCUUAUAGGGCUGCUCUCAUGCCAAGGUUGUGUCUGGUUGUCCUGCACAGCAGUGACAGAAAUCUAUCCAUGGCUGGCAUGUCCUAUGCAUUUUGGCUUCUUGCUAUAGAUUUGACCUUUAGUGGAACAUGUUGCAAGGCUUGGGUGAGGUGGAAGUUCUGAAUCCUGAGCUACAUCCUGCAUGGCUGCCUGCAAAUGCCCAAGUAGUUUUCAGCUGUGCUAUGGGUUUCAAAUGUCUAAUAUGAUUCUGGCUCAUUAAUAAUUCUCAAGAUAAAAACCAGGAAUAUAAUGAGCAACCUGUAUUGUCGAAGUGCUGUGCACAGAGUUACUGUGUUUGCACACCUCAUUAAGCAAGAGGGAUGCAACAUCUAAGUGGGGCAGACCUACAUGCAAGUAAUGUUCUCUCACCUGGUCCAAGGCAGGAAAAUCCAGCUUGGCUUCAAACAGUUUUUGCUGACUUUCUGGGAUUCACUUAUGUUUGUUUUAAAACAUGACAAAGAUGCAGUUAGUUUGCGUCUCUAUCUUUUUUCCCUUCCAUUUGUCAACUGAGUAUAACUAUUGUGUGGGUUUUCUUCCUGGAUUGCUUAUUCAGCACAUUUGAAAAGAAUAUUGAGUAUUCUGGAUAGUCAUAAAUGCAACUGCAGUCCUAAAUUGGAGUCCUGGGUAUCUGAUGUGGAUUUGCACCCAUUUUAUGUGCUCUUAUGAUGGCUGUAGUUAUAUUUCACCAUGUAUAUAUGAAAGUAAUACCAUGUUUUACACAUCUUAAAGAAACUGUGGGGAUAUCCUGGGUAUGAUCAGGACAUGUAUGCCUUCAGAUUCAUCUUUUAAAAGCUCAUUUCCUGCCAACAAUACAUUCUAAGUUCUUUAAAUAUGAAACUGAUGUUACAUUAGCCAGUCUGAAAAAACUCAGCUGAAAUUAAUGCAAAUGAUUAGGUGGUAUGUAGCACACUCUUGCAAUGGAAAUGGAGUCUAUUAUUAGGCAGCCUGAUAUGUGUGGAAAUAUGACUAGUGAUCUGUAACAGUUUCCUGAUGUAACCCUACCCAGCAGUGAGGAAAGAGCCCUGACUGUUGAUGAAUUUUAUUUGCUUCUGCAAGCAAUAUGGGCUAGGACACCUUGCCCCAGCCAGCUGAGCACUAUGAUUUUAUUAAUGUUGUCUUUAAUCGGUAAACAAGAACCAAGAUUUUAAUGUUUUGAAUUUUACUUUUCUAGUUUUGCAGGGUUCCUUUCCAGAGGAAGCUAUUUCCAGAGAUGCUGCAACUUACAUUUUAUCUGAGAGCCUUUCCUUCUGUUUUCAUGCUUCAUUCAAAUCAUGAGCCCAUAGGUUCAAAUGUUUUUUAGAAGAUGGAAGGACAGAAAUCAUUCUCCUCUGUACAAGUUAGGCACACAACAAAUAAGGUUUCACCAGAUCUACAGUCCAGCAGAGAAAGAAGCACAUUUGGUGUUCCUCUGGAAACCCUCGUACAAGAUGCAAAGCAAUGUGGGGUUCCUUCUCUUGUGACACAGAUGGUGGAGUACCUGGAGGUAUUUGGUCUGGAGCGUGUUGGUGUAUUUCGAAUUGGUGGCUCAGCAAAUAAAAUCAAGGAAUUGAGGCAGAAGUAUAAUCAAGGGGAAAAAGUAGACCUUAUUAAUGAUGGAGAUGUUGAUUCUGUGGCCAGUCUCCUGAAGCUCUUUCUGAAAGAACUACCAGUGGCUGUUUUUCCAGACAAUAUUUGUUCUGGCUUGCUAAAAACUUUCCAAGAGCACAAAAUCAACACGACAGAAUGCAUAGAACACCUGAGACAGCUGCUCAGCUGCCUGCCCAAAGCCCAUCAAAACCUUCUUCAGUUCCUGUGUGCUUUCUUGUUAAAGGUAGCAACCUACAGUGCAGUGAAUUUCAUGACUCUGGAAAACCUGGCCAUCGUGUUUGGACCUGCUUUGUUCAAGAUUCCUGUCAGUCCCUUGGCUUAUGAAGAACAAAGGCUUUACAAUGGCCUCCUGCUGUAUUUGCUUCAACACCAGGAGAUGCUUUUUGUUGACUUGAACCCUCGUUUCUCACAGAGACAAGCAGAUGGCCUUCAGGCAAACAAUACAGAAGAUGCAGGAGGAGACAGACUCACAUUGCUAAGCAUUCAGGAUAAGUCCUUCAACACCCCAGCUUUAGCAGAGUGUGACGGGUAUUCAGGCUCUGUGCAUGAAGAUCAAGCAGGCAGCUCCAGUCCCAGAGACAAUGAUAACAAAGAAAAUUGCCCGGACAACUCUGCUGUUUUAGAGGAAAGGCAGCUGCCUUUGCAAGACACUCAGCAGCACAAGCAGCAGGUUGUGAUUGACUGCGCUCUAAAGCCUGAAAUGGGCAACUUAAAGCUGAGGAAACCUAAGCCCAUUGUAAAGCUAGAAAAUGGAAAAAGCCAUGAGGAAAGUCAGGAGCUGGAGUGUGCACUGCCAGGCCUCACGGAGUGGCAGGGGAAGGCUGGAUCCUCAGCUAAUAACUAUGCACAGAACGUGGCUUUGAAAUGCCAGGAAGCAGUCGUGAGAUUCCAACCAAGAAUAGAUCAGAACACAAGCAUUUCACCAAAAGAAGGAACUGAUCAAUUUAACAGCUUAAAUGAGAAUUCUUUGUUGAAGCUGCAAGCCCUGGAAACUGAUUUGUGCUCUGCGUUUCUGCCAGCCCAGGAGGAAACUCCCCAGUUGCCGGCACCCAAGGACACAGCCCCUUCUCCAGCGCAAAGCAGUGUGCAAGCUGAUGGGGCCAGUUGUGGAGAGCAAUAUCACUUCAUUUCUCCUAUUAUUGAUUUUAAUUUAAUGCAUCAGCAGAGAGAUAGCGAAGAGCCUGUGCCAGCCCACAGGGACUGGCAGAAUGACAUGGAGAGCAGCCCACAGGAACAUCACUCCCUCGGGACCAGCCGACUGCUGUAUCACAUCACAGAUGGAGACAAUCCUCUCUUGUCACCACGCUGCUCUAUCUUUAGCCAAAGUCAGAGAUUUAAUCUAGACACAGAGUCUGCCCCUUCUCCACCAAGUGAUCAACCUUUCAUGAUGCCAAGAAGUUCUUCUAGGUGUAGCUGUGAAGACUGCAAAGAACCACAGACAGUAACACAACUUACCAAGCAUCUUCAGAGCCUCAAGAAAAAAAUUAGGAAGUAUGAAGAAAAGUUUGAGCAAGAAAAGAAAUACCUGCCUUCGCAUGGUGACAAGACUUCCAAUCCUGAAGUUCUGAAGUGGAUGAAUGCUCUGGCCAAAGGUCGGAAGCAGCUCAAAGAGCUGAAACUCAGACUGUCAGAAGAGCAAAACUGCACCUCCACAGCACCCCAAAGAAAUGAGCACUGUGAAGGCAGUGGGACCUCUAAAGAGGCUGGCACACAGGAGGCCACAAGUAUGGAACCAGCUCCCUCAGUGGAUGAAACCAUGGAUAGUGUGUUGAGACGACUAAAGGAGAAAAGACAACACUUCAACAUUCCUGAGACUAUAAAGGAUAUGACAAAAAAGCAAAUGGCUUUGGAAAAAAUCAAUCUUCAGAAAUGUCUACUAUAUUUUGAGAGUAUUCAUGGACAACCUGUAACUAAGCAAGAAAAGAGUCUCAUGAAACCUCUUUACGACAGAUACAGAAUUAUCAAGAAACUUCUGGCCGCUCCAUCCUUGAUCACAACAAUUCAGGAGGAGGAAGACUCAGAUGAAGACCAUUCUCAAAGCACCCAUGAGUUAUCAUCUGGUCCAAUGUCUUGCUUUCCUGUUGAAGAGCACCUGUGUUACUCACAGGAGGAGAGUGAGCCUGCACAUAUUUCACCCCUAGAUGAGAAGAAAGUUUACAGGCAAACAGCCUUGUCUAUGUCCAAUUUACAUGAGGCAACAAUGCCCGUUCUGCUUGAACAUCUCAGAGAAACGAGGGCUGAUAAGAAGAGGCUUCGCAAGGCUCUUCGAGAGUUUGAGGAGCAGUUCUACAAACAGACAGGAAGGAGUCCUCAGAAAGAAGAUCGGGUGCCAAUGGCUGAGGAAUACUCUGAAUACAAGCACACAAAAGCAAAAAUCAGGCUCCUGGAGGUUCUCAUUAGUAAGCAUGAUAUUUCCAAAACGAUUUGAAGGGAAUGCAAUGCUGUGAUAUUGAUCUCUAGGAAAAAAAAAAAAUCCAAGCAAACAAACAAGUAAUGAAAAAGAGAAAGUAAUUUUGCAGGUCUUGGUCUGCUGCACAAUUAUUUGACACACUGAGAUUUUUGAUGCACUUUACCAGUUAUAAUAACUGUGAUGAGAGAGGACAGCAAUAUGCAAGAUGGGUGAGUGGACUAUAGAAUAUAUUUUUCCUUUUGAAAAAGCCUUGAAGUGCACUGUGAGAAUGUUAAAAAAUUAAAAGGAUACUGAAGUGAUGUAGAUUCUCAGUUUGGAGAACUGAGAAUUGCUCUAAGUGUGAGGAAAUGUUCUGCACGUUUUUAGUACAUCUUAGUACAUGCUAAUGUGCCACACGUUUGUUUCCAGAAUUAACAUGUAUUAUAACUAAUUAAUAAUGUUGGCUAUCAAGGUGCUGAUUCACUAGGUUAAAAGAAAUGAAUUAAGGCGAGUGAAAGAAAAACUCAGAACAUACUCUAGCUGUCAGGACAGAGUGGCCAUUCAGUUCCAGUGUCUUCAAAAAAAGGUACACAGGAAGAAGCAGUGCCAGGAGUAGAGCAGAGUGAUGCUGCUUAUGCAAGAACAGGCCAGAACGUGAUGCCAAAUGGAAAUAGUGGUGUUAUAGGAAUAAGAGAAAGUGCUUGGCAAAACAAAAUAGCUACAGGUGGCUGAGAAAAGGUGGAACAAAUGUACUGGCUGCUGUCCUUUACACUAGUUCACAGGACCUGGCUCACACAAUUUAAAAGUCAGUAAAUAGAUCAACUACAUGCUAAUUUUGAUUUCUCUAUUAACCUUUGCACUUUGGUUUGCCUGAUGCUAUAACAUUUGCUUCUCUAACUACCAAAGCUCGUUUAGACGCAUGCACUUUGUAAAAUGUUGAAGUACUUCUUGUGUUAUAAAUUGCCACAUAUAUAUAUAUAUGAAAACAGGACUAGAUUACUGCAUUAUGCUAAGAUAUUUUGGAUAGAUAAAGUACAUGGUAUAUAAGUGAGUGUCACAGUUAUCUGAUGAGGACUGCUAGACUUCUUGUUUACUGAGAAUAAGGUUAGAAGUUAUUUUUCCAUUGGAGUUACACAUCUUCCUUAACUUUCAGAACACUACACUUCAUAAUAUUAAGGAGAAUUGUCACUGUUUGUGAUAGGCCAUUGGUGUGAAAAGUGGACUAGUAAUAGAAGGAGUAUCGGUAGGUUUCGUACUAGAAAUGAAAAGCAGGGAUUCUGGGAAAUUCCUAGCCCAGACAGAAAGAAGGGAAGAAUUACUAACAG